AACGUCUGUCUGAUAUUAAAAUACAAGGUACAGAGGUAGAAGAAGAGACAUAUGUGACUGAUAUAAAGGCAGAAGAUAUAGAGGAAGAAGAAGAGACGUAUGUGACUGAUAUAAAGGCAGAAGAUAUAGAGGGAGAAGAAGAGACGUAUGUGACUGAUAUAAAGGCAGAAGAUAUAGAGGGAGAAGAGGAGACGUUUGUGACUGAUAUAAAGGCAGAAGAUAUAGAGGGAGAAGAAGAGAUGUAUAUGACUGAUAUAAAGGCAGAAGAUAUAGAAGGAGAAGAAGAGACGUAUGUGACUGAUACAAAGGCAGAAGAUACAGAGGGAGAAGAAGAGACGUAUGUGACUGAUAUAAAGGCAGAAAAUAUAGAGGAAGAAGAAGAGACGUAUGUGAGGGGUGAUCAGCAGUGUAAGGAGGAGGAGAUUCCUACAGAUAUCAGCACAGAUGGACACACAAGCAGGAAUAUCUCAGAAGGACAUCUAAUGUUAUCCCCGGAUUGUGACAUAAAAGAUAAUGACAGUAUACAGGAAUCUCCAGGAGCUAACCCCAUUACCCCAAUUAUUCAUCAAGUUCUAUCAGCUGAUCUCCCUGAUCCUGGGAAAUGUUCUCCUGAUCACUCUGAUAUUGGUGCAUCUGUUACAGCUCUGAGAGUAGAUACAGAGUUUCCCUGCUCUAUAGAUGCCAAAUGUUUUACACAGAACACAAAGCUUAUUACCCAUCAGCCAGCUAAGGCAGGUGAGAGGCCAUUUCCAUGUUCUGAGUGUGGGAAAUGUUUUACAUGCAAAUCAGCUCUUGUUACACAUCAGAGAAGACACACAGGUGAGAAGCCAUUUCCAUGUUCUGAGUGUGGGAAAUGUUUUGCACAGAAAUCAGUCCUUGUUAAACAUCACAGAAGUCACACAGGUGCGAAGCCAUUUCCAUGUUCUGAGUGUGGGAAAUGUUUUGCAUUCAAAUCAGAUCUUGUUAAUCAUCAGAGAAGACACACAGGUGAGAAGCCAUUUCCAUGUUCUGAGUGUGGGAAAUGUUUUGCACGGAAAUCACAUCUGGUUACACACCAGCAAAUUCACACAGGUGAGAAGCCAUUUCCAUGUUCUGAGUGUGAGAAAUGUUUUGCACGGAAAUCACAUCUUGUUAGACAUCAGCAAAGUCACACAGGUGAGAAGCCAUUUCCAUGUUCUGAGUGUGGGAAAUGUUUUGCACAGAAAUCAGAACUUGUUAUACAUCAGAAAAGUCACACAGGUGAGAAGCCAUUUCCAUGUACUGAGUGUGGGAAAUGUUUUGCACAGAAAUCAGACCUUGUUAAACAUCACAGAAGUCACACAGGUGCGAAGCCAUUUCCAUGUUCUGAGUGUGGGAAAUGUUUUGCAUUCAAAUCAGAUCUUGUUAAUCAUCAGAGAAGUCACACAGGUGAGAAACCGUUUUCUUGCUCUGAGUGUGGGAAAUGUUUUUCCUGGAAAUCACUACUUGUUAUACAUCUGCGAAGUCACACAGGUGAGAAUCCAUUUCCAUGCUCUGAGUGUGGAAAAUGUUUUCCACACAAAUCACAUCUUGUUACACAUCAAAGAAGUCACACAGGUGAGAAGCCAUUUCAAUGUUCUGAGUGUGGGAAAUGUUUUAUCCAGAAAACACAACUUGUUCUACAUCAGAGAAGUCACACAGGAGAAAGGCCAUUUCCAUGUUCUGAGUGUAGGAAAUGUUUUACAAACAAAUCGCAUCUUGUUAGACAUCAGAGAAGUCACACAGGUGAGGCCAUUUUCAUGUUCUGAGUGUGGGAA